AUGGGUGCUAAUGUCUCCACUCAACCAGAGUUACCUGCCAAGGCUAGUACCAAAAAACAAUCUGAAGUAUUCAAUGAGAAAAUGGGUUACUUUGAUCUUAAUCAACAUCUCCGAGGAUUAUCGCUUGAUGUAGGAAAUUACGAAAACACUGAUAAGAACCCAAUUUCAACUGAAUCUCUUGAUACUUGGGAAACUAAGCUUUUGGCGGAUCCAAAGAAUGUAUUGGCUCAAAAUGCAUUUGCAAAGAAUGCAAUUGUAGAUGUCAUUGGGACUUCCAAUUCGGAAACACUCAGUAAAGAUAAAUACCUCUUCAAUGUAGAAGUGGAAACUAUUGGAUCUCCUUCUUAUUUCAACAAUCAAAAUGCUUCUGGAAGAUGUUGGAUCUUUGCAACGUCAAAUAUCCUUCGUACACAUGUCAUCAAGAGAUAUAACUUGAAGCCUGAUCAUUUCCAAGUCUCUCAAAGUUACCUCUUCUUUUACGACAAAUUGGAAAAGGCAAACUUUUUUUUGGAUAAUAUCAUUGACACAACCGAAGAACCUUUGGACUCUAGAUUGAUUCAAUACUUAUUCCAAGCACCGGUAAGUGAUGGGGGGCAAUGGGAUAUGAUUGUUAAUUUGGUUACCAAGUACGGAAUUGUUCCUCAUGAAUUAUUCCCAGAUUCUGCUCAAGCAUCUGCUUCUUCCCGUUUAAACUAUAUUGUCACCGAAAAGUUGAGAGAAUUUGCAUUGAUUCUUCGUGGUUUAUUAACUGAUGAAGCUACAUCUGAACAAGAUAUCAAGACUGUUAAGCAAUCAAUGAUGAAAGAAAUUUAUAAUAUCAUUGCUUUGUCUCUUGGUACCCCACCUAAACCAACUGACUCAUUUACUUGGGAAUUUAUUGACAAAGAUGGUACUUUUAAAUCAUUUGAAACUAACCCAAUUGAUUUUUAUAAGACUCAUGUUAAAUUUGAUGCUGCAAAACAUUUCUCAUUGAUUCAUGAUCCAAGAAAUCCAUAUGAAAAGUUGUACACUGUCGAUAGAUUGAAUAAUAUUAGUAACGGGAAACCUAUUGAAUACGUUAACUUGGAACUUUCUGUUAUUAAAAAGACUGCUAUCAAGAUGUUAAAGAAGAAUGAACCUAUAUUUUUCGGUUCCGAUGUUGGCAAAUUCAGUAAUUCACAAUCUGGAAUUUUGGAUACUGGUGCCUAUGACUAUGAAUUAGGAUUUGGUACUUCUUUGAAGAUUAAUAAAGAGGAAAGAUUAAGAACUGGUUCUUCCCAAAUGACCCAUGCCAUGGUAAUUACUGGUGUUCAUCUUGACAAAGCCGGCGUUCCAGUAAGAUGGAAAAUUGAAAAUUCAUGGGGUGAUGCCGUUGGUGAAAAGGGAUACUUCCUUAUGACUGACGCUUGGUUUGAUGAAUAUGUAUUUCAAAUUGUUACCAAUGAAAAGUUUGUUGAUCCCAAGACUUUCAAUAUUUGGACAAAGAAAGAAUACAGUGUAUUGCCAUUUUUUGAUCCAAUGGGUGCUUUGGCUUAA